CCGUUGGCAUAGCGCCUCUAUUUCCCAGACUGCAUUGUUUCUUGCACAUCCGCCAUAUUGCCUUCGCAUAAACGCGCUGACUGGAUCCGCUCGUAAGCUCGUUCCCACAACUGAAAAUUGUUGCAGUGAUGACUCAGACAGUUCAGACCAACGGGGUUCAACCCCUCAGUAAGACCUGGGAACUGAGUCUGUAUGAGCUACAGAGAACUCCACAGGCACAGGAGGCUAUAACAGAUGGACUGGAAAUAGCAGUGUCGCCCAGGUCCCUGCACAGUGAACUCAUGUGUCCUAUCUGCCUGGACAUGUUGAAGAACACAAUGACAACCAAAGAAUGUCUGCAUCGCUUCUGCGCUGAUUGUAUCAUCACAGCUUUAAGAUCCGGUAACAAAGAGUGUCCUACCUGUCGUAAGAAGCUGGUGUCCAAAAGGUCGUUGCGUCCAGACCCUAAUUUUGACGCUCUGAUUAGCAAGAUUUACCCCAGCCGAGACGAGUACGAAGCCCACCAAGAGAGAGUGUUGGCUCGCAUUAGCAAACACAACAACCAGCAAGCCCUGUCCCACAGCAUAGAGGAGGGGCUGAAGAUCCAGGCUAUGACCAGACUGCAGCGCGGUAAGAGACACACAGUGGAGAAUGGUAGCGGAGCUGAGGACAAUGGAGACUCCUCCCACUGUAGCAACGCUUCUGUCCACAGCAACCAGGAGGCAGGUCCGAGCAUUAAGCGCACCAAGACGAGUGAUGACAGCGGUCUAGACAUGGAUAACGCCGCGGAGAACGGGGGCGUGGACUCUGUGAUCGAUGGUGGGGCCAGUGAAAUUGAACUGGUGUUUAGGCCACACCCCACCCUGAUGGAGAAGGAUGACGGUCACAACAGUGUGGAGUUUGUCCCUCGCUACAUUAAGACGUCGGGUAACGCCACAGUAGAUCACCUGUCCAAAUACCUGGCUGUCAGACUGGCUCUGGAGGAGCUGAGAAGAAACGCGGAGGCCAGUCCUGUUAAUGUGGAGGCAGCGUCGGAGAAACAGUACACCAUUUACAUCCCUACUGCUGGAAACCAGUUCACGGUGCUGAAUGGUUCCUUCUCCCUUGAGCUGGUCAGCGAAAAGUACUGGAAGGUCAACAAACCCAUGGAGCUCUACUUUGCGCCUACUAAAGAACACAAGUAGGCACACAUA